AUGCCUCCAAAGCCCAAACUCAACGUGCACAACUUCCCCCGACCACCCCUCCUCGAAAAGACACCCCGCCACCUCCAGGUCAAAUGGCGGGACCAGACAAUCGCUGAUACCAAAGACGCGUACUGGGUCCUUGAAACGACACAUCCUCCUACCUACUAUCUCCCCGUGACGGCCUUCACCCUGCCCCUCCACCCCUCCCCCCACACCUCCUUCUGCGAAUGGAAAGGGCGCGCUACGUACUGGAACCUCCAAUCCCCCGACGGCGACAAAGAGGUCGUCAGAAACAGAGCCUGGAGUUAUGAAUCCCCUACGAAGGGGUUCGAGGCGAUCAAGGGGUAUGUUUCGUUGUAUGCCGAGCCCUGGGAUUGCUAUGUGGAUGGGGAGAAAGUGGAGCCGCAGCCGGGGGACUUCUACGGGGGUUGGGUCACGGGUGAUAUCGAGGGGAGGGUGAAGGGGGGCCCGGGAACGUGGGGUUGGUGA